CAACAACGUUUCAUAAACAUAAAUAGAAAAUACAGCAUUAAUCAUUUCCUAAAUUAAAAUCAAAUACCAGUAGAAUAAUCUAGAUUUUUACACAUUGUUAAAUUGCCGUUCGCCGAAAAUCCUAAACAUUAAAAAAUGGCCUGUUUAAUUCUUGGAGCUAUAUUUUUUACUACGAUUGGUAGUGGGCUGAGUCAAACAACAGGAAAGAAUUUUGGUCCAUAUGAUCUUCUUUGGACUACGUUCGAAACUUGUAAAGGGCCAAAGCAAAAAAGUUGUGGUCCCUUCGAAAUACGAGAUAAAAGGAAUAUGUCUGAUAUACUCUUCGUUAUGGAUUUCCCCAGGGAUUGUGCAGUAAAUAUGGUAAGAGUAACAAUAGGUUCAAAGCAGAAAGAGAACACAAAUAAACUCUGGAACUACUCUCUAGAUGAACCUUGCCAACAUUUCGUGAUGGGACCUAUUCUAAUUGAGUCCUUCAACCUCACUGCCAAACGCUGCAAAAUCAAUAAGGGCAAUUAUGAAGUACACCUCAAUCUGGUGGAGAAAACGACCAACUUCCUCGGAAACAAGUUCUUUUACGGCACUUAUGAUUUCAAAGUAAAUGCUUACAACAAAUUCAGCAACUUCUUUUGUGCCCACUCGGUACUAGAAGUAAAACCGAUUAUUGAAAAUUAA